AUGGGCCGCACUGAGCCCACCGUUGUCGUCCCUCCGCAGUCCUUCCGCCGCGAUGUCCGUGCGAAGAAGGCUAAGGCGACCAUCAACCAAACCAUUCCCGCCCUUCUGAACACCUAUCCUCGCGCCCGACGCGGCGUUGAUGCCGCAGAGCUUAUCGUCGAUCCACCCCCACUCACGGGCCCUUCUCAUCUAGACGCUCCCAAGCCUGACGCGAAAUCGAAGUCCAAAUCCAAACCGAAGGGCAAGGGCAAGGCCCGGGGUCGCGAUGAGGACAACGAUGACACUGCCGAAGCGAGGGGUGGGACAGACAAGGUCACUGCGACACAACCGCCAGAGAGGCCGCCGAUGCAGCUCAAACUGCAGGUUACCGACACGCUAGAGGCUGCCGUGCGACUGGGCUCGACCGAGACCAGCAAGCGGCCGAGGGUGGCGGUCCUCAACAUGGCCUCACCUCUGCGUCCCGGCGGCGGUUUGCUGAACGGAGCCACCUCGCAAGAAGAGUGGCUUUGCCUACGCACUACUCUCUACCCUUCACUUCGCGACGAAUUUUACCGCCUGCCGGAAGUCGGCGCCAUAUACACGCCGGAUGUGCUGGUAUUUCGGAGAUCGGAUGAUGAGGCAGCGGAAUUAGACAAGAAGGAGCGCUUUUUCGUCGAUGUGGUCUCGGCCGGAAUGCUGAGGUUCCCAGACGUCGAGGGUGAGGAGGGUGAAGAGAAGAAGUACGCCAAUUGCAAAGAAAGAGACCUCGUGGUGCAAAAGAUGAAGGCAGUCAUGCGAAUUCUCAGGAUGAAGGGAGCGGAUAAGGUAGUGCUCGGUGCUUGGGGUUGCGGAGCGUACGGCAACCCAGUUGGUGAAGUUGCCCAAGCGUGGAAGAAAGUCCUCUUUGGUACAGAGAAUAAGAAAAAGGCCAGGACCGGCAGCAUCAACUGGAAUCGCGGAGAAGGUUGGGACGGGCUAGAGGUCGUGUUUGCUAUCAAGGAUGAGCGCAUGGCGAGGCAAUUUGCCAGCUUCUUUGGAUCCGGUUUGAUCUACGAAGAACCACUCGAAGGUGCCCGCCAGGAUAGCGUUGUCGAGGACGACGGCACGCAAGCUGCCAUCCAGGAAAUGACAGCGAAGAUAGCUGAACUGGAAACGCAGAUGGCGCAAGCAAGGAUGCCAGACCUAAAAGCACGACUUGGAACUGUGUUGGAGGGACUGAAGAGGGAACUCGCAACUCUGGCCAGGCCACCAAGUCCAAUUGACGAUGCUUCUCAGGCCACCAGUGAUCAAGAGACCGAUGAGGACCAUGGCUUAGAACAGGCUCAUCACGAACAGUACCAUCACUCAGAUGAUGAACAAGGUCGUCGAGAGGAUAUAGGCUCGGAUGAGGACUAG